GAGGGUAUAUAUAGAGAUGCGGGCGGUGUGGGGCGGCAUUUACCUGCUGAGCAUGUCGACCACCGGUGCCCCGGGCCUGACUCUCCUGCUGCUUCUUCGUCUGCUGAUCCAAGGUUUGGUGGUGGAAGGAGACUGGGACAGAAAGAGAGAUGAUGCAGUCAACUCGUCUAGCAUCGGGUUCUCCGGGUCCCACUGGGACUCUUCUUCAAACAUUCGAAGAGAAACUCCAGGUCUCCCCAAGCUCUCAGAGCCAUUCAUCUCAGAGUAUACAAAUGAUGACGUUAAAGAGCAGAUGCCUCUCCAGACAAAUACAUUAGUCUUUCACAUUCCAGACAAGUUGAUGCAAAAGAUAUCUCCCGGCACUACGGAAUUAAUCUGUUACAUUACAAAUGACGAACAUUUUCCCCAUUCCCAAACAACAGAACCAAUCACCUCCAUUAUAAAAGAAUCACCUGUUUUCGAUCCAUUUGAACAAUUCACUUCCCGGCCAAACGAAUCACUUACUUUCCAACCAACGGAAUCAAUCACUUACAACAGGCCCAAUACACUACUUUGCCGUCCUACAGAACAUAGCACUUUCCGCAGAGGAAAAUCUUUCUCUCACGAUGAAACAAAUUCCUCUCCCAACCGAGCAGACACAUCUUUCAACGACGAAGAACGCACCAGUUUCCAGCAAGCAAAUUCCACUUACCACCCACAGGCCCAUAAUUAUUUCUCCCACCAAGAAGAACAGAACUCUGUCAGUCAAAAAGAACAACCUCUAUUCCAUCAGCUAAAUUCCUCUUUUCAUAAACAAGAACAGACACCUCUGCAGGAGAAGGAAAAUACUUCUUUCCACCUACUAAAGAAUACAUUAUACCAACAAGAAAACCAUACUCUCUUCCACCAACCUAAUGACACUUUCCAGAGGCACGAAUAUACCCCAAGCCACGGUGAAGAAUAUACCCCAAGCCACGGAGACGAAUAUACCUCUUCCCAUCAAGGGAAACACGCACCUUCCCACAGAGAUCAUGAUGCUUUUCACAGUCAGAAACAUCCUCCCUUUCCUCAAGGAGAACUUGGGCCUGAACACCAAACACAGGAGCAACACCUUUUCCUCCACGCACACAACACAACUUUCACAGUAGUUAAUGAAACUUUCCAACCAAAACCAACCCUGGUUUAUCCAACAGAACAUUCCACUUUAGAAAUAUACAAAUAUAGUCCAGUCCAACAAACUGGGGUCAAUUUACAAGGGGAUAAUAUUCAUACGCAUUCAGAACAGCCCUUUACCAUGCUAGAAAAGCCUCUCUUCUAUCAAAAAGAACAACUCCCUUUCAACCAAGGAGAACAUGUCCCUUCCGAGUCAGAGGAAGGCAUUCCUCUCCCUCUUGGUAAUGUCAGUGUUCACCCAGAACACAUUCAUUCCUAUCAAGAAAAUGCAAACUUAUACCAGAAAGAACAUGUCACGUCUUACUAUGAAGAACAUGCCACUACCCCUUUCUACCACGGAGAACAUUCUGCAUACCAUCGAGAAGUUCAUACGCCUUCCCACCGUAAAGAACACACUCCUUCUCAAAGAGAACUUUAUCAGUCGCACCGAGAUCAAAGUUCUCCAUACCACGAAGAACAUACUUCUUUUACCCAAGGAGAGUAUAAUUCUUCCAAAAGAGAAGAACUUACUCCUUUCCUCUAUGGAGAACAUAGUUCUUUCAACCGAGAAGAAAAUUCUCCCUCCCACCGAGAACACUUUCCUUCUCACGUGACAGAACAUGAUCCUUCUCAUCUUGUAGAACAUACACCUUCUCCCCGAGAGGAACAUAAUCCUCACAUGAAAGAACAUAAUCCUCCUCAUAUGAAAGAACAUGAUCCUUCUCACAUGAUGGAACAUAAUCCUUCUCACAUGAAAGAACAUAAUCCUCCUCACAUGAAAGAACAUAAUCCUUCUCACAUGAAAGAACAUAAUCCUUCCCAGCAUGAAGGACAUGAUCCUUUUCACAUAAUAGAACAUAUUCCUUCUCAGCAUGAAGAACAUAACCCUCCCCAGCAAGAACAUAAUGCCUCUCACGUAAGAGAACAUAUUCUUUCCCACCAAUUAGAACAUAUUCUUUCCCAAAAACUCAAUGACACAUUCCAUCAAGAAACCUCUUUCCAACAAGUUUCUCCUGUCCACCAAGUUAAGUCCACGAUGCAUUAUGAAGAACAUUCCACUUUACACCCUGGAGAACAUUCUACUUUACACCCUGGAGAACAUUCCACUUUACACCCUGGAGAACAUUCUACUUUACACCCUGGAGAACAUUCCACUUUACACCCUGGAGAACAUUCCACUUUACACCCUGGAGAACAUUCCACUUUACACCCUGGAGAACAUUCCACUUUACACCUGCAAGAACAUGCAUCUUCCCACCUGCAAGAACAUGUACCUUUCCACCAAGAACACACUACUUCCCCCCAAGAUCACGCUCCUUCCCACCAAGAACACUCUCCUUCCCAGAAAGAACGUGCUCUCUCCCACCAAGAACAUGCUCCUUUCCACCAAGAACACCCUCCUUCCCACCAAGAACAUGCUCCUUUCCACCAAGAACACCCUCCUUUCCACCAAGAACAUGCUCCAUUCCACCAAGAACACGCUCCUUCCUACCAAGAACAUGCUCCUUUCCACCAAGAACACCCUCCUUCCCACCAAGAACAUGCUCCGGGCCACCAAGAACAUGCUCCUUCCCACCAAGAACAUGCUCCUUCCCACCAAGAACAUGCUCCUUUCCACCAAGAACACCCUCCUUCCCACCAAGAACAUGCUCCUUUCCACCAAGAACACCCUCCUUCCCACCAAGAACAUGCUCCUUUCCACCAAGAACACCCUCCUUUCCACCAAGAACACCCUCCUUCCCACCAAGAACAUGCUCCUUUCCAAGAAGAACAUGCUCCUUCCCACCAAGAACAUGCUCCUUCCCAACAACAAGAACAAAAAAUUUUCCUCAAAGAAAAUAUCACUUUCCAUGGACAGCAGCAAACUCCUGUCCACCCAAAAGAGCAUACUCCUUACCAUAGUGAAGAACACUCUCCUUCCCACCUUGAAGAACAUACUACUUUCCAAGAACAUAUUUCUUUUAAUGGAGAACAACAUAGUCCUUUCAACCAAGCUAUCACAUCUAUGCAUGAAGAACAUAAUCCUAUCCUGCAAAAGGAACAAUUAGAACCGGAUCAAGACACUUCCCACCAAGACUAUACAUCUUACCUGAGAGCCAGCUAUAAUAUUGCGUAUCCAGAAGAGGAUACAGCUGUGCCCACUGCAGCCCAGCCACAAUGUGACUAUUCCAAGUUCCACCACAACCACAGUAUGGUACUGAGUGGCAGCUCCCAGUGUACCACCACCAGGACGAGUCUUCCUCAGCAGGAGAAGAAGGAAAUCCUAAGGGUACACAACAGCCUCAGGGCGCAGGUAGCGAGAGGAGAGGAGCUCCGGGGAGAUCCUGGUCCACAGCCACAAGCCGCCAACAUGGCCGUCCUGCGCUGGAAUGAGGAGCUGGCCGCUGUUGCUCAGGCCUGGGCUAACCAAUGUCUAUACGCCUACGACGGGUUCGAGAAGAGAAAGAUCUGCUCCAGGAACUACGUAGUCGGCCAGAACCUUUAUUACGACUCCGGAGCUGAUGUCAAGCUGAACUGGAGCCGCGCGGUGCAUGGUUGGUACGACGAGGUGGUCCGGGUGCCAAGAGGCUUCGUCGACAGCCUCCAGGUGGAUAACUCUGGCAGGAGGAUUACCCACUACACUCAGGUGGUGUGGGCGAGGACGUUGGAGGUCGGGUGUGGAGCCGCGACCUUCAGAAGUCAAUCAGGCAGCGAGAGCUAUGUGUAUGUGUGUAACUACGGGCCCUCGGGUAACGUGCUGGGGGCCCCUCAAUACCUAGCGGGCCCCCCAGCCACCGCUUGUCACCCGGACUCUCCCUCCAUCAUCUACCCGGGACUCUGUGACCACGAGUCCCAGGAUGUGUAGACCUACGCUAGGAACCGCAGCAGCCAGCGUUAUCCACGCCAGGAUUGUCGAAGGUCCACUCAUCAAGGCAACUGGGGAGAACCUUCGACAAACCGAAGUCUUCCUGUCCUCAUCGAGGCCACUAGUGUUAUAUAGUGGCUCUCAGGUAAAGUCAGGAUUCCCGACAAAUGUCGUGGACAGAGAUAUCCAAGUGUAUUUCCUCGGCACGUCUGACUGUGGGGUUUAUCAAGCAGAUUUGUAUGAGUAUUGUGUUCCUUAUUUAUGAGCUGCAACUAUAGCAGAGCUGAAGGGUUUAUUAUUACUCACAAAGUUUGCAUGAUUAUAUUAUAAUAAUUGCCAGUAAACAUAUGUAAAGUGCUGUAAUAAAUUAACAUUGAAUUAUAUGCCUUUAGGGAAACGAAGUCAAUAAACACAAUAUGUAUUUUUAGUAAUUUAGUGUUGUUUAUGAUUCUCAAAUAAAUUUAAAAAUCUGCCUAUUC